AUGAAGAGUCUAAGCUUAAAGCCUCUGUGUGUCAUGCUUGUCGUCCUCGUGGCGGCCCAGUGGCCAGGCUGUGACGCUCAGAGCUGCCAUCCCAGUGGCCAAAUCAGGGGCAAGAAACCUCCUCCAGGGCAAUGCAACACCGGGAACGAUUCAGACUGCUGCAAGGAAGGGAAAAUGUACCCGGUCUACAAAUGCUCACCGAGAGUCUCGGGCAACACCAAGGCCACUCUAACCAUCAACAGCUUUGAGAAGGGAAAGGACGGUGGAGGCCCGUCAGAAUGCGAUAACCAGUACCACUCUGAUGACAUCCCGAUCGUGGCUCUGUCAACGGGGUGGUUCAACCACAGAAGCAGGUGCCAUCGUAACAUUACCAUAAAUGGGAAUGGGAGGAGCGUUACCGCCAUGGUGGUGGAUGAAUGUGAUUCCACCAUGGGAUGUGACGACGACCAUGACUAUCAGCCUCCAUGUUCUAACAACAUCGUCGAUGCAUCUCGUGCUGUGUGGAAGGCCCUGGGAGUCCCCCAGGAUAGCGCUGACUGGGGGUGGAUGGAUAUUACCUGGUCUGACGCAUGAGCCUUUGUCUAGUAUAUCUACAGUUUCCCGGUAUGGUUGGUAUA